AUGAACGCAGCAGCAGCACCAUCAGGUGAGGCAGGAAAGCCCGCUCCUCCCAAGCAGAAGGAGACCAGGCAGUUCAAGAGCAAGGCUCCCAAAGCUGGACAGAAGGGAUUUGAUGAUCUUCCAGGGAUGGACGGGCUUGGAGAUGCGGCGGUCGUCUGCCCCUGGGAGACUUUUGGUGAAAUGGAGCUGAGUGAUCUGGCCCAGGUUGGCAUCGUCUAG